UAACAAGAGAUGUUGAAAAUAAUUGUAAUUUUCGCAAAAAUCCUUUCUUAUUAAACCGUUCAUUCGUUCAGGAUGUUCAAAAGUGACUGUUACAUCACGCGUCGGGACAGUCUUACAGAAGUAUGUCAACGGAACUUAGCCGUAAAUGCGUUAAAUUAGUGUAUGGAUUAUUGGUGUUGCUUCUAGUGUCGAAAUUCGUUGAAAGUUGGAGAAAAACAACUAGUCCACCAUACCGAGUUCCUGCUCCAACAACAGCAGCACAUAGAUAUCCACCCCCGACAACUAAACCAACGACCAAAAAACCGAAAAGUGUUAGUAGUGACAGUGAUGAGUUAUUGACAAUUGUCGAGGAUCAGUCUAAACAGGCUCCAAUCGAAGUCCAUCCCUCGAACCAUGAUCCGUGUGUGCUGGGCUCGGCCGACCUGUAUCUGUCAUGGUGGAUUUAUGAGAACGGAUCAUUGUCUCUGCCGGAGGAUAUGGCUGAAAUGACUUUGGAUUUCUCAGGUUUCGUUGCGUUAAACUCUACCGCGUUAGCUGAUGAAAUUCGGUACAUACAAGACACGCAGCUUUUGGGAGAACCAGACAUUGUGUUUAUGUCCAUUGCAAACUCCAAUCUUACCGAGAUACCCAAAGACGCACUUGGUCUGUUACAAGAAACAUUACAAUAUCUGUCCUUGUCAGGAAACGAUUUUUCCGAUGAUGAGGAAAGGCCGGAAACAAAUUUGGUAUUCAAUUCACCAACAUUAUUCAAUAGAAUGGAUGCGUUAAGGGAACUUGAUAUGAGAAAGUGCAAUAUUCAUCAUCUACAAGACGACGCAUUUAGAGAACUAAUUAAUUUGGAGAAACUUUUUCUAUCUCAUAAUUACAUUGACCAGAUUGAAACAACAGUAUUCAGUACCAUACCGAAUCUAAUACAUCUAGACCUAUCGCACAACAACGUCGACGAGAAUACACUAACAAGAGGCGCUCUAACGAAAACAUUCGAGGGCAUUAAAUUCGAUAACGAUUUUCAAUUCAGCCAUCUGAAAGGUUUGUUGUUCCUCGACCUAUCGCACUCGAAGGUAUCUAUAUUGAGCACACCAUCAUUUACUGCAAUGCCUUCCUCGCUACGAAUGCUGAGCUUAUGCUACACAACCAUUUCGCAUAUUCCCGAAGGAAUGUUUAAGGAUUCCAAUUUACAAGUACUGGACCUAUCAGGAAAUCCAUCUCUGGCCUAUUAUUCGCAAGGUGGAUCCUUAUCGAAUUUAUCCCAUUCACUUCAGGUUUUGUCCAUGGAGGACUCGAUGAUAAAGAAGCUGGGAUUGAUUUGCAAAUUGAAAAACUUGAAAAUUUUACAAUUGGAGGGAAACAACAUCAAUCAGAUCAAUCGCAACACGUUCGACGGUCUGGAACAUCUGGAAAUGUUGGAUUUGAGUUCGAACCAUUUGAGUAAUUGGUAUUCGCGGGUCUUCGAAAAUAAUCCGAAUCUGAGAUUGUUGAAGCUUCGCAACAAUAACAUUAAUUUGAUCACAUCCGCUAUGUAUGACGAUUUUUCCUCGCUGAAGUACCUUGCGUUAGGUAACAAUGAUUUCAUUUGCAAUUGUGAAAUGAGAGAAUUCAUUGAUCGAGCGAUUGAGAAUAGCCACAGGGUAAAUUCAAGCCAUAUCGAAAGUGAAAUGCCAACCGUAGCCGAUACACUGAGUGACAUUGUAGCGAGUGGUUACGAAGCUAUGCUCAACAAGAAUUUAACAUUUUCGUACAACAUUCGCCAGCGCAUAUUGUACGAUUAUCUAGCUACGAUAGACACCAGCUACGAAAACAUUUUGAAAACGAAGAAGAAGAACGUGAAGUAUAAUCUACAAGUUUACAAACCGAAACCAGCAGGAAAUCCGAAAAUUAUCAAACGGAGUACGGAUGACGAGGAAACUCCAACCGACGUCGAGAACGAGGUCGACGACGACGAUUUAGAUUUCACUUUUCAGCUGCUUGACUUCUUUGAAGACAACUACAAAUGCAUCAACUCCUCCUCGAAUAAAUACCACAAUUUAAGUGAAAUCGACGAGUGCAUCGAAAGUCGAUCACUGGGCAUCGGUGACAUCCAAUCCAUUUCAAAUAAAUUGAUCAUCAUCAUAUCGGUAUUCGUCUUCAUUCUCAUUUCGUUUCUGGUCAUCUACUAUAAGUGGUGGUAUGUUCGAUACUUCUUUGUGAUCAUAAAAAAUGCGGCGAUUUUGAGUUACCUGGGAAAGGAAAAAAUCGUCCAGGUUUCGCGCGAGGAAGAAGAGGACGAAGCUUUUACGUAUGAUGUUUUCGUCAGCUACUGCGAACAAAAUCGCGAUUGGAUCAUUGACGAGUUCCUUCCUAAUGUGGAACAUCAUCGGGAUAUCAGGGUGUGCUUGCACGAACGAGAUUUUCAGGUGGGAUUAAGCAUUUUGGAGAAUAUUAUUUCGUGCAUGGAUCGCUCCAGAUGCUUGUUACUGGUGGUUUCACAGAGUUUUCUGUUGAGUCAGUGGUGCCAGUUUGAAAUGCACCUUGCGCAGCAUAGGUUGCUAGAAACGCAUCGCGACCAACUCAUACUGGUGUUGCUCGAAGAUAUACCAACAAGAAAACGACCCAAAACAUUGCAUUAUUUGAUGAAAACGAAGACUUACAUCAAGUGGCCCCAAAGUGAAUCGACGACGGACAAUCAUGGCUUCAGAGUCGACAAAGAGGGUUUACACAUCGAAGAAGAGAAAAAAAUGUUCUGGAGGCGUUUGACGAGAGCAUUGGUGCCGUAUGAUUAUGAUGAAAGUCGUAGCUGAAUUUCUCGAUCGGUUUUUCUUAGGUUUAAUCAAUCGUAUUGAAAUUUUAUCAGUUGAUUAAAAAGAAGAAA